GAAAUGAUUUUUUUGCUUCUCUAUCCUUAAAUCUGUCAUUUUCAGAGUAGAAUUGUACUCUGUUUACCAAUUCGACUCUUUGAUGUGUUGUCUUCUGUCUCCCUCUUGUGGAUAUUUGGGUGGACCUCACUUUAAAAGGUAAACGUUUUUUUUAUUUGGUUUUAUUUAAUCCAAAACGAGCCAAAUGACGGGCGAAUAAGCUACAAUGUGAAUUAAAACGUUUUAAAAAUAUAAGAGGACCUUUUAACAAUUCACGAUUUCCCAGCCAGUUCUAUGUCAAUUGUGUCUCGUGCUCUUGUUUGUUUUUGUUUUCUUUCAGAGCUCGCGCGUCAUAACUGCCGUUACUAUAACAGAGUUGAGACAAAUGGAUAGACCUCCCAAAAAGAGGGCUUUGGCUUUGUUCUACUCUGAACAAGGUACCACCGACACGUUAGAAAAUAAUCCGAAGAAAUCCGAUUGUCGUGUCGGGACCAGUGCCGUCCUAAAUCAGCAUGACGUCAGCGGUAAUAACAGUUGUGAAAAGUACAACGCAAGCGACACGUUUCUAACGCCGGACGGUUGGAUUGAAAACAGGGGUGCGGGUGACAGUAUCACAUGUCCACCUGUUCCUUCAGUUCAAGAUCAGACAGUUAAUCAGAAAAUAAAAGAGGACAAGCAGAAGCAAAACCACAUCAAAAGGCCGAUGAAUGCAUUCUUGGUGUGGUCAAAGAUGCAACGGCCCAUCUUUUACAAGGCCAAUCCCAAUGCUGACAUGACCAAAAUCAGUGUCCUGCUUGGGUUAGAAUGGAAAAAACUCUCUGAAGAUCAGAAGAAGCCGUUCUUUGAUGAAGCACACAGAAUCCAAGCACAACACAGGCAGAUGUACCCAGAAUGGGUCUUUAAACCAAAAAAAAAGAGUCACGGUCCAGGAAAACCACCUGCCGUCCCUACCUCCCAAACCUCUUUACCCUCCAGAGUGACAUCUGCACAGAAUUCAGUGCUUUACUCAGUGCCCCAAACAUACAUAGAGCAGAGCAGACUAAACAAUUCAGCCAACAUUAACCAAGCCAUGGAGGAGCAGCAAGAUGUUCCAAUGCCUGGCCCUUCCCAUCUCUAUCCACCAGAAUCAAGAAUACCCACAAGCUGUUUCCUCUGUGAUUUUUACUUCACUGCCUAUCCACACUAUUACAUAAGAGAACCCCAGUUCAACCCAUCAGUAGUCAUUCCCGGCUCAGGCUGUUGCUGCCUGAUGCCAUUCUCUGAAGACCUGAGGAUUUCCCCUGAAUGAAGAAUGUAAACUAUGUGUCUAUUGCUAUAAUAGGAUGAAAAUCCACUAGAGAAUGUGAUGCAUAUUAAGCUUGUGGUGUAUAUUGUGAUGUAUUUAUUGGUAUUCUAAAGUGUCUUUGAGAAAAUAAAUAGUGCUGAAUUGUUGAAA